AUGGAGUCGGAGAACGCUACCAAACGUUCUGGAGUUCAGACUGUUCUGGACCAACUAGGGUUUGGCUGGUAUCAGGUUCGUGUCAUCAUAAUUAUUGGUAUGGCUCAAGCUACUGACACUAUGGAAACGUUAAUUCAAGCAAUUCUCGGACCAACAUUACGCUGUGAAUGGAAUAUGAGUUCUGAUUAUGUUGCACUUCUUACUACCCUUGUGUUUUUGGGUAUAUGUAUUGGUUCCCCACCUAUUGGGUAUCUCUCAGAUAGGCUUGGACGGAAAGAUCUUAAUAUUCUAUGUUGUCUUGCUCUAAUCUACAUGACGUGGUUGUGUGCUAUUUCGCCUACUUACAUAUGGCUUGCAGUUUUACGUUUCAUCUCAGGCUUGUACAUUGGUGGUCUACUGACUGCUGGUUGCUCGAUGAUAUCAGAAGUACUACCAGAAAGCUACCAACCUACUGGUCAACUGCUUGUUUGCUUUUUUGAUUCAUUCAUUGCUCUAUAUGUAACUGGUGUUGGCCUUGGUUGUUCGACAUCAAAACUUAGUUGGAGGUUUUUUGUACUUUUCACAACAGCACCUCUUAUAUUUUGUGCACUUGGUCUGACCUACUGUAUUCAAGAGUCACCUAUCAUUUUAGCUCAAUGGGGAAAUUAUGAAGAAUCAGCUAAAGUCUUAGACAAAAUAGCAAAAUGUAAUGACCGUAUUCCUAAUAUUAUAGAUAAGGAAAAUACAUAUUCAUCAAAACCUUAUAGUUUCUCCAAUUAUCUAUCAAUUAUUGACGAAAAACAGGAUCAUGCACAUACAACUCCUACAUUUAAAAAUAUUAUGAAAUUUAUUUACAAUAAUUAUGCGAUUCCAACUCCUUUAUUAAUCGCUAUUAAUUUUAUCUGGGGAAUGAUUAUAUAUGGUGCUACUACACUUCUUCCAGUUGAGCUACCAUCAUUACCAAGAACAUGUUUACAGUCUAUUUAUAAAGGUUUAACAGAAGUCCCACAUGAAACUUAUGAAAAUUCUGGUAUACACAAUGAAGAUUGUUGUCUCCCAUUGUUAAAAGAAGGUUAUAUCUCUUUAAUGUCAUCUAUGAUUGGGAGUAUACUUAGUUUUCCAAUAGCAUUAACUUUGAUUACAAUUAUUGGACGAAAUGGACAAUUAACACUUGUUUCUUUUUAA